CGUAUCAAUGCUCUUCUUCGCAUUCGAGUAGGCUGUAAAUCGUUUGCUAAGACUCGGCGCGAUGGUAUCUACACGAGUCGCGCUAUUGCUUGGCGCUGCGAUUGUUACCGUGGGUACUGCUUCUCUGGCCGACUACUGCACGGUUGAUUAUGCCACAAGUGUGCUCCCAAUCCAGGAUCUCGGACUCGGGAUAACCAUCGACACAUCAUCAGUCUCAGCUUCCCUGACUACUAACAGGUCCGUCAGCUCCGAAUGGUACGCUGCCUCCGUGAUCGAUUAUUGCGACGUCACGUUCGCCUAUUCUCAUAAUGGACUCAACAACGACACUGUCCACGUAUCGUAUCUCGUGCCUACCCCUGAGAGCUUUUCAAACCGGUACGUCUCUACCGGAGGAGGCGGGCUUGCCAUCAAUUCAGGGGCUUUUUACAGUCCUACCGGGAUCAUAGUCGGCGCCGUAUCGGGUAUCACCGACGGGGGUUUCGGUAACUUCAACACGCAGUACAACGCAGCGUUCCUAUUAGCAGAAGGCACAGUUAACUGGCAGGCAACGUAUAUGUUCGGCUACCAGGCCCAUCACGAACUCGCCAUGCUCGGGAAGCAGUUUACGAGAAACUUCUUCAACGUCUCUGAUAGCGACAAGGUGUAUUCUUAUUAUCAGGGAUGUUCCGAGGGAGGUCGUGAGGGAUGGAGUCAAAUCCAACGCUUCGUCGAUCAAUUCGAUGGUCUUGUUACCGGCGCCCCCGCUUUCCGGUUCAGCCAGCUGCAGACGAACCAUCUCUCUGGCGGAGUCAUUGAAGGGGCUCUAGGUUACUAUCCUCCCCCAUGCGAGCUAGAGAAGAUCGUAAAUUUGACAAUCGCUGCUUGUGACGGAUUGGAUGGCAAAGUCGAUGGUGUGGUCGCAAGAUCUGAUCUCUGCAAGCUCCAUUUUGAUUACAAGUCCACGAUCGGAGAGCCCUACUACUGUGCGGCAUCUAGCCGUGGUGGAGGUCCCGGCGGUUUGCAUCGGCGGCAAUUCCCCGGCUCCGGUCCUACUCCAGAGCAAAACGGGACCAUCACAGCCGAAGGUGUAGCCGUAGCUUCCGCAUUUACAAAUGGCCUAAUUGACUCAAGCGGAAAGCGCAUCUAUCUAAACCCGCAACCAGGCUCCACAUUUGCCGACGCCAUUACUAAAUACAACACCGACACUAGCUCAUGGGAGCCCAGCAUCCCAGGCUUAGGCGGCGAGUGGAUAGCGCGAUAUCUCAACCUUGAGGAUAAGAGCAACAUCGACAGUCUUACAAACGUGACCGCGGAUACGCUUCGGGAUUGGAUGGCCCUCGGCAUGCAGAAGUACGAGGACUCCUUACAGACGACAUGGCCGGACAUCUCGGCGUUCAAAGAAGCGGGGGGCAAGGUCAUCCUCGUCCACGGUGAGGCGGAUUCCUCGAUCCCGGCCGCAUCUUCCGUGCAUUACUACGAAUCCGUGCGGAAUGCUAUGUACGGCGACCUAGCUUACGAUGAGAGUGUUAUCGCUAUGGACGAGUUUUAUAGACUCUAUAUUGUGCCGGGUGGCGCGCAUUGUGGGAGUAAUCCGAAUCAGAGGGCCGGUGGGUGGCCGGCGACUACGCUGCAGACGGUGAUUGAGUGGGCAGAGGAGGGGGUUGAACCGGAUAUGUUGGCGAAUGAGGGGGAGAUUGAGGCGCUGUGUAAGUGGCCUCUUCGUCCGCUUUGGUCGGGCGAUGGGGAGAAUUUUGAUUGUGUCAGUGAUGAGGCGUCGAGGGAGUCGUGGAUUUAUACCUUUGACGCUUUUAAGGUUCCGGUGUACUGAGGAUUUACAGUGGGUGAAAUGCCUGGAACUGGGGUGCCGAGGUGCCCCGCCAAAUCGCUAAAUCAAUCCAGACGGAGGGUACAAUUAGUGGAAUUUGCAUUAUAAACACACUACACUUUCCCCCUAGAGCCCCCUAUAAGAAUAAGGGACAUCCAUUGGAUGUCUUGUUUAGCGCCGAAAUUAGGCAGUCUUAGUGGACGCGGC